UCCGGAUUGCAUUUAAACUGAGCCGAGAACAACAACUACGAGACAGGAACCUCCAUAUUUAUUGAUAAAUACUGUAUUUAUAAAUUGAGGACGGUCGGGGAGUACUUGGAACUUUCCGAUCUUGUGACUUACCAAAUUCCACAAUGAGUAUGUCUUCAGAAAACGUUUUUUUCUCCGCUCUACAGCCCAACACCUCCGUUAGCACUUACGCGGUCCCCUCCGAGAUCCAUCUCGGGCAUGGUGGGACUUUGACGGAUGAGAUGGCCAAAGCGAAGAGGGUCCAACAGCAGGUUCAAAUGAGGAUUGCGGAGAAAUCCAGCCAUUCGCUUCCUCGACAGAACGGUGCAGCAGUACACUCUGCUUCCUCAGAAUAUGGUGUUUCUUCAGCUAUGAAGUACUCGACCUACAGCCCAGGGUUCAGCUCCAAGUCCUAUGUGUAUGCACCCUCCAGGCCAGUCAUGGCUCCCCGAAUGUCCCAGACAUCUCAUGGUGGCUUCUCUACACGCUCGGCUGUAGACAUGGGCCAGUUCCAGAGGAUGAGCAUGGGUGGAGGAGGUGGAGGAGGAGGAGGUGGGGGCGGUAGUGUGUACCACCAUGAAGACAUACGUCUAGGAGGCUACCAGGGAACCAGGCAGCAGGUGGUCCCCAUGACCCGCACCCUCAGCAGACCUGAUCUGGAGACCAUAUCUCUGCGCUCCCUGCGGCUGCACACCCUUCCUCAGCAGCCCUCCCCAGUGGCGGCCUGGAUGGCCCAGGACGGCAGUGAGGGCAGCCUGAUCUCCGACCGUGACGCCACCUUCGUCCGCCAGCCAAACUACAGCUCCGUCAACAGCUACUCCAGCUCCCAGAUGAGGCAAGGUGGGGGCUCAGUGAGUGGGACCCUGGCCCGCGGUGGAGGCAUGGCUGCAGGGGAGGGGGAGAUGAUGGUCCAGACUCACUCCUUCAAGGGUCCAGCCUACCGCACCAUCAGCCGGAUUAACAACAGGAACAACCGCAUGAGCAUGGGCUCCAUGUCCGGGGGCUCCAUGUCCGGGGGCUCCAUGUCCGGGGGCUCCGCCAUGCAGCACCAGAUGUCCACCGUGGGCAGCGCCUACGGAGGGGAGGAGUUCAUCAUGCCCUCCGUUUCCCAGGGAAACAUUAUGAUCAUGCAGCAGCGACCGACCAUGUCCCGCGCCAUGUCGCUUAAGAGUGUCCACAGCGUGGGCAAGGGCAUGGAUGUCGUGGACGGGAUGGACUUCACUGGUAGCAUGAGUCACCUCAACGGAAUCCAGAACCUGGACAUGCCCACAGCCAUCAGGUACCUGACUGACCCUGAAGCUAACAUGCAGGUCCUGGGUGCAGCCUACAUCCAGCACGAGUGUUACAACAACAGCGAUGCCAAGAAUGAGGUGCGCCGCUGCAAGGGGAUCCCUGAGUUGGUGAGGCUCUUCAACAGCAACAGCGAAGAGGUGCAGCGCUACGCCACUGGGGCCAUGCGCAACCUCAUCUAUGAAAACAUGGACAACAAAGUGGCCCUGAUCGAGGAGGACGGGAUCCCAAGCCUCAUCGAAGCCCUGAAGGAGCAUGAUGACGAGCUCCGCAAAAACAUCACUGGGAUCCUGUGGAACCUGUCCUCCAAAGACAACCUGAAGGAGAAACUGGCCAAAGAGUCCCUCCCUGAGCUGACAGACAAGAUCCUCAUCCCCCUAUCAGGAAGCGGAGACGCAGAGAGCAUCCAACAGACCCCCUCCGAAACCGACAUCUUCUACAACACCACUGGAUGCCUCAGGAACCUGAGUUCGGUGAACGAGAAAACUCGGCAGCUGAUGAGGGAAACUAAUGGGUUGGUGGACGCCCUGGUGUCCUACAUCCAGAGCUCCUUGGAGUGCCAAAAAGUUGAAGAUAAGGGAGUUGAGAAUGCUGUGUGUGUCUUGAGGAACCUCUCCUACCAGCUGUACAGUGAGAUGCCUCCCUCCGCCAUGUUGCGCCUAGAGGGACCGUCUAGGGCUCAGAGCUCCUCCAAAGGCGAGGCCAUCGGCUGCUUCACCCCUCAGGGCAAAAAAGCCAAAAACAGAAACAACCAGGACCUGUCCACGUUCACCGAGGUGGCCCGGGUGCCAAAGGGGCUGGAGUGGCUGUGGCACCCCCAGGUGGUAGGUCUGUACAACCGCGUGCUGCAACACUGUGAGAUCAACACGACGACCCGCGAGGCUGCCGCUGGGGCCCUGCAGAACGUCACAGCAGGAGACAAGCGGUGGGCGUCAGUGCUGAGCCGUGUGGCCCUGGAGCAGGAGAGGAUGCUGCCGCUGGUGCUGGACCUCCUACGGACCAACAACGACCUGGAGCUGCGAUCUCUCACUGGCUUCCUCCGGAACCUGUCCCGCCAUGCCAAGGACAAGAAUGACGUUGCUACUAAGGUGGUGAACAAUUUGGUGUCCAAGUUGCCUAGCGAUGGUCGUCAGACUUUGCCGUCCAGCGAAGUGGUUGUCAACAUCUGUGGCACCCUGAACAACCUGGUGACUAGCAGCUCUGUUGCCGCUAGAGAUGUCACCUUUUUUGAUGGACUGCAGAAACUCGUGGCAAUCAAGAACUCCCAUGACAGCAGUCCUGGGAAAUUGAAAGCUGCCAAGGCAGCCUCUACUGUCCUCUCCAACAUGUUUCAGUACAAGAAGCUACACAAAGACUACAAACAGAAAGGCUUCACACGAAACGACUUUGCAGACUUGACAAUCUAAAGAAGAACAAUACGUGCAAGGUCUUUGGGAUCGGUAUACCUAAUAAACAGUGUGGUGAUUUUAAGUCAUGCACAACAGUGGAAGACCCCGUGGGCUCUUCCCAUGCACUUGGAAUGAAAGGACUUAACACUAACAGUGCAAUGCAAGUCACAAUAAGAUGGACCUUGUGUGGGUGUCCUCUAAUGGACUUCUACUUUGAAUUCACAAGCCCCUUAAUGCCCAUUUUAGCCUGUAUAAUUGCUUUAUGUUCAAAGUAAUCAGGGAUUUGCUUCUCAUCGUAACAUGUAUAUGGAUGUAAGUCAUGUGACCAGUUUUGCAUGCCUCCUUCUGUUUCAUACACCCAGUUAGAAUAUGGUACCGAUCCUAGGUUGGGCUGUUUAUGGUGCUGAUAAGGCUUGAGACUUUGGCCCCUGUUGUGUGGCUUUACACAGCAUCAGUAGCCCAUCAGUAAGGGACCUGGGUGAUUAGCUAUCAGGCUUGAGGAAACAGUAAGAAAGACUCUGUUAUGAGUUUGUCUCUGUUAAUUAAAAACAUAUUCUCUAGUAUCUAAUCUAAAUGGUGCAUUCUUAAUUUUUUGGAUAAUCACUGCUUUUUAGAUGCUCUCGAUUAUAUAUCUAUUAUUUUUUUCUGUGUUAUAUUUUUGGUAGGUUUAAGUUGUCUGGAGAACACUGAGGUAUAAUUCCAGUUGAAUGUUAUAAUUGUAUGUUUUCAUAGAUGUUUGUAUGCCCAAAACUACUGAUGUGUGUGUACCUGUAUAAACAUACAAAUUAUGGAGUAAUAAUUAAUAAGGGGUAAAGAGCUGUUUUCCACAUUUCUUUUCAAGUAUUGGAUGGAGUUUAUUAUUGAAUAUGGAUCCACUUUCAGGGCCUGCUGCAGUACAUAUUUUGUAGAAAUGUUAAACAAUUAAAUUAGUUACUACAGAUGAAAACUAUAUUAAAUGUAAUCCAGGCUGAUGUUGUAAUGUCAUACAUUAACUUUGGUAUUGCAAUGCCGUGCCUGAAAAUAUGCAUCCCCUCUGCUCCUAAAGUCAUGACACAUAUGUCUAUGACGUAUGUGUGCCUGUGGAUGGAAUUAUUUGGAUGUACUUUUCAUUAGGUAACUGCCGAUGUGUAAAAUGCGUACGUUUCAAUAAACAUGCAAUGUAUGAACAUA